UUUCUCAAGAGCUAAGGCCACACAUUUUGAAAUGGUGUUUGCAAAAUCGCUUAAUUUUUUGGUGUUUUUUUGUAUGUUUCGAAAAGUAUGAGACGAGGAUUUGAGCAGGAGAAUCUAUACACUUUGUCUAAACACGCUACAGAGUUUAAAAAUAAGGUUAAAGUCUUGAUUGAGAACGAUGAAGAAAGAGUUGCCUUUUAUGAGGCUCUCCAGGACUAUCAGGGGUCCAACUCACUCCAAAAACUUGUGAAUGAUCUGAAGUCUGUCAUCAACACUCCCAAGAGAUAUCCACUAUUCAGAGAAGUGAAGUAGGUUGUACUUGAUACAUGUAUGUUCCUGACUGCUUCAACUUAAUUUAUGGGGAACUUCUUCCCUUGAAUUUGAUCAAGGCGGGAGCAUGGAGUUGGAAUCUUUGUGUCUCUUGUUUCACGAGGUUCACAGGCAGACAUUGUUGGACUAAAGGCAGGAGAUGAGAUUUUAAGUAUCAAUGGAUUGUACAUUGCGGAAUCAACUCAUGGAGAGGUAGUCAACAUCUUGAGGUCUCAAAAAAAUCUUCUUGUGAAAGUUAGAACCACAGGGAAAGUGCCAUGCAAAAUAAAUGAUAUCAUCAGCUGGGAAACUGCAGAGGGAAAAGAAAAUGUUUAUUAUCAUCCUGACUUACUGAUCGGUGAUCAAAUAGUGGCAGUUAAUGGAAAGAAUAUUAUGAAACUAAGGUACUCAGAGGCGAUAUACUUGCUGAAGUCUUUCAAGGAAUUACAACUUGUUCUCCGGCAUGACAAGGAAGCAGAACAGUUUAUCAUGGAGGAAAUUGCUAAACAGCAGAAGGACAAACUACCAGAAUUUGCCAUUAAAACUCAGCUGCUAACUCGAAAAGCGGAAGAAAAAGAAAGAUUAGAUAAAGCCAAAGAACAGAUGCACUUCAAGCAACUGCUGCAAUCAAAACGUGAAGAGGAUGAUCAGGGGCAUGAGAAAUCUAAGGGAGCAACUGAAGGAAGGGAAGUAGAAAAUGCAGAAGUCAGUCAGCCGUCCAACAAAUCCCAGUGCUCAGAGCUUACACCCAACAGUCACAAACGAGCAGCGUUUUCAGAAACUGUACAAGUUGUUGUUGCAGGAACCAGUAAAAACUACCAUGAAGAAACUGUGGUCAGUGAUGUGCAUCCCGCGUCUUUGCAUCCCAGCAAUGUACAGUUUGAAGAUGACGUGCUUGAGGGGAGAGAAGCUCACUUUUUGUCAAUUGAAAAGGUGUCAGAGUUAGGGCUAGAGUUGGAGGAACGCGAUGGCGGAAUUUACGUGACCGGUGUUCAAGAACAUGGCUGUGUGGCUGUACACGGCGGAGUAUGUCCUGGAGAUCAGUUGCUAAAUGUGGAGGGCACCAGUCUCCUUGGAGUGAGUGUGCAAGAAGCUCACGAGGAGUUAAACAAGGCCAUGAACAGAAACUCAGAAAAUAUCGAUCUCGUCGUGGCCAUUUCUUUGAAAAGAGCGAGCCGGCGGCCAGUUCUGAGAAGUGGCAGUGUAGUGAGGAAACGAGAUCCCGUCACUGGGGUGGAGGUGUAUGACACAUGGCUUUAGUUAAUUCUCCCGUCGCACAAAUAACGCUUUGACAGAGCGUUAGAAAAGGAAAUAUAAAUGAAGACUUAGUUUAGAUUCUUGUUGUUACUUAUUUUAUCACUUUUGAAGAAAGAUAUAGACUCACGAAGUUCAUUAAGUCUUGUCAAAAUUAUCGUGAAAAUUCUCACAAUGAUUAGAACUGUUCACAAAGAAGUCUUUUCCUGGCUCGAAAUAGAUAGACCGCUAAACCGAUGAGUAUUCGUAAAGUUCUGUAUCAAACAGAAAAUAGGUGUUGUAUCUUUUCAAUCCAUUACACAAAGUAAAUUUGUUUCAAAUCUAGAGUAUUACUUUCAGACUGGAAAACACUGGAGGAAGAGUGUUGCCUGCCAAGACAAAAGGAGAUAUAUGUUGUAGAUAUAUUUAACAAGUAUAUUUAUUUGUUUUUAACAUUUGUAUAUCGAGAUUUUAUGCACAGUUAUAUUUAUCAUUCUUGUCUGAAUGUCAAUAAAAUGGUUGGACUCAACAGAA